AUGCUUUUCAUCUAAGGAAUAAACAAGUUAAUCAAGCAAGAAAAGGCAGAAACAACUAAAGUAGCCGAAUGCACUAAAAAGACUGAACCUAAGGUCUAGGAAGAAUGUGAAAAUGCAGGCCAAAUAUAACCUAAGCUUUUCACUCCUGGUCCUUUGUUGACAUCUAAGACUGUCAAAAGAUCUAUGAAUUAUGACUAUGGUUCAAGAGAUCCUUAAUUCAUUAAAGUUGUUAAAGACAUUAGAAACGAUAUCUUAAGUAUUUGCGAAGUUUAAAAAGGUGAAUAUGAAUGUGUCCUCAUUCAAGGUAGCGGUACUUAUGGAAUAGAAGCAGCCCUCACCACAGCUAUCCCUAAAACUAACCAUAAGUUAUUAAUUAUUGCUAAUGGUGCUUAUGGCAUUAGAUAACAAAAGAUUGCUCAAUACAAUAAUAUCAAUUACAUCACAAUCGACUAUGACGACAAUCAAGUUGUUGUAGCUGAAGAUGUAGCAAAGAAAUUACAAGAAAAUCCAGAUGUUACUCAUGUCAGUAUGAUCCACUCUGAAACUACCUCAGGACUUAUUAAUCCUAUCGAAGAAGUUGCUAAGGUCGUUAAGGCUUUCAAUUAAAAUAUUAUCUUCUUAGUUGAUGCUAUGAGCAGUUUUGGUGCUUACAGAAUCAAUCCUAAGGAAGCUGGUAUUGAUUACGUUGUUGCCUCCUCUAACAAGAAUCUUUAGGGUAUUCCUGGAUUCUCUUUUGCAGUAGUUAAGACUGAUGUUCUUUUAGCUACUAAAGGUAAUGCCAGAUCUCUUGUUCUUGACUUGUAUGAUCAAUGGUAAGGACUUGAAUCAAACGGACAAUUCAGAUUCACACCUCCCACUCAUGUCUUAAAAGCCACUAAGGUCGCUAUCGAUGAAUACUUAGCUUUAGGAGGUCUUCCUGCUAGAUUCAAGAGAUACAAUAACAACUAAAAGCUUCUUGUUUAGAAAAUGACCGAAUUAGGUUUCAAGUUAUACAUUGAUUAAGCUUUCUAAGGUUGUAUCAUUACUACUUUCUUAACUCCUACUCAUCCCAGCUUCAAAUUCGAAGAAAUGUACAACUUUUUGGCCAGUUAAGGUUUGGUUAUUUAUCCUGGUAAGUUAACUAAGGCCGACUCUUUCAGAAUUGGAUCUAUUGGUGAAAUUUAUGAAGAAGAUAUCUUAACUCUUGUUAAAGCCAUAUAAGAAUAUCUUAAAUCUAAAGGUGUUUCUCUUCCCGUCUCUUACAACUGA